AUGGACGAACCAUCGACCUCACGGAGCUCCUCUUCAGAGCUCAAGCAAGAGACCGCUGCCCUGAAACUUGAAGACGACCGGCCGUCUGCUACACCGCCUGUCUCCUCACGGGGCAAGCCCAAGAGCGAGCCGCAGCUCAUCGGCCACCUCCCCCGCGCUGAGGAGGACGCACGACGCACAUUUGUUCAGCUCGAGCAAAAUCACUACCAAUAUGGCACUCUCGGACGGUCGCGGGAAGCUCUAGAGAGUAUGACCUGCGAGUGUCAGUACGAACAUGGGGUGGAUCACCCUGACGAUGCGUGUGGCUCGGAUUGUAUCAACCGACUCACGCAGGUAGAGUGCCUCCCCGACGAUUGUCGAUGUCGCUCAUACUGCCAAAAUCAACGAUUUCAGCUGAGGCAGUACGCGCCUAUCGAGAUCGUGCAAACUGAAAUGAAGGGGUUUGGUCUCCGUGCUGCAGAGGAUCUGCCAAAGGACACCUUCAUUUACGAAUAUCUGGGCGACGUAGUCAGCCAGCCCACUUUCCUCAAACGCAUGCGACAGUAUGCCGAAGAGGGUAUCCGACAUUUCUACUUCAUGAUGCUCCAGAAGGACGAGUUCAUUGACGCCACCAAGCGAGGUGGAAUCGGCCGCUUUGCUAACCACAGCUGUAACCCCAAUUGUUACGUAGCAAAGUGGACAGUGGAUCAGCAUGUGCGCAUGGGUAUCUUCGCCAACCGGCACAUCAAGAAGAACGAAGAGCUCACAUUCAACUACAACGUUGACCGGUAUGGCCAUGACGCACAACCAUGUUAUUGCGGAGAGCCGAAUUGCGUCGGGUUCAUCGGUGGCAAGACGCAGACCGAUAUCGCGGCUAUGGACGAUCUCUACCUCGAUGCGCUCGGUAUUUCCGAGGAGGUCGCGGUCUUGGGUCUCAAGGGGAGCAAGAAGAGGAAGAGCAAGAAGCUCGACGAGGACUUCAUCCCUACACUCAAGCCACUCAUCGAAAAGGACAUACCGAAGGUCGUCCAGGCGCUCCGACAGACACAGAGCCGCAAGGUCCUCAUCAAGUUGCUGACGCGUAUAAAGAUGACGGAAGAUCAACCUGCUUUGCGGCAGCUUAUGCGUCUUCGUGGCUUCAGCGUCAUGACCAACAUCCUCGAGGACUACAGUACCGACGCGGAGGUGUCUAUAUCGGCGAUCGAGUGCAUGAUGACUUGGCCACUCAUCCAACGGAACAAAGUCGAGGACUCCAAGAUCAACGUUCCGGUUCAAGCAUGCGCACAGUCCGAGAACCAAAUGCUUGCAGAGCUCGCCCAGAAGUUGCUUGCACAAUGGGAUGCCUUGGAGUACGCGUAUCGAAUACCAAAGCGGUUGAAAGGGGGGGACGAAGACGAUGCCCCUGCGCCAUCGUCCGGCCUAUCCUACAGAGUGGCCGACCCUCGCCCGCAGAAGCGCGCGCGCCCCGACACGCUCUUCGUCUUCGAGAACGAAGCCUCCAAGCUCGACUUCAAGCUCCGCGCACCCGCGCCACCGCCGCCCAAGCCCAAGGACGCCGCGAAGGAGGUCGCUGAGCCCCCCGCGCCCGCCGUCAAGCUCGUCAACGCAUGGGACAUCGUGCAGCAGCGCGAGCGGGACGUCGCAGCCAUCAUCGCGAAGGCGUCCGCGGCAGCGGAGGCGGCGCUCGCCACUGCCGUCGCCGCGCCGUCCAAGGCCGACGCGGACAAGGAAAAGGAGGAGGAGGAGCAGAAGAAGCGCGAGGCGAAGGAGGCGCGGCGGAAGAAGCGGAAGCAGCUGAGCCAGGAGGAGAGGGAGGCGAACAAGGAGAAGCGGCUCCUCAAGCUCGUCGGCGCGGUCAUCGUGAAGUGCAUGUCGAAGCACCGCGACCAGCUCGACCACGACCAGUUCAAGAAACACGCCAAGGAGCUCACGCACAUCAUCGCCGAGAAGGAGAAGAAGUCCUCGUCCUUCCGCGAGGGCCGCCUCGACACGCUCUCCGACGAGAAGGUCGUCAAGAUCAAGAAGUUCGCGAAGGAGUACAUCGCCAAGAUCCUCCGCAAGAUGGACAAGAAGCGGCGCGAGAGCGGCGGCGCGCGCCCCUCCGCGUCCGCCUCCGCGUCCUCGUCCGCGCAGCCCGGCGCCUCCGCGUCCCCGUCCGUGCUCUCCCCGUCGCUCUCCGGCGAGGGCACCGACCUCGACGCGGCCGUCGCGGACAUGAUGGACCUCGCCCCCGACGGCGACGGCGACGGCGACGACGACGACGACAUGGACAUGGACAUGGACGGCGCGGACGCAGAGGAGGCGUCGCCGCAGCCCGACUCGGAGACGCCGCCGUCCGACUCGGUCGGCACGCCCGCGCAGACGCCGGCGGCAGUCGUGGGCGACCCGCGGCUCCGGCAUCGGAGGGAGGAGUGCGGGUGGGACCCGGACAGCGAGAAGAUGGGCCAGGCGGCGCGCGUGAGGCCCGUCGUCGUUAGUGCGGUGUCCGUGUCGUAG